AUGAACAAUGAUAAAUAUAAUUCAUCGAUAUAUUUAAAAAAAUAUUUAACUAUAUUAAUUGAACCUGAUAUUCAUUUAUCGGACAAUGAACAAAUAUCAUUCGAUAAAUGUCUUUUAAAUUUCUUUCAAAUAUGUCAUAUACCACUUAUAUUAAAUUGUACACUUUUAUCUCUUUCAUCAUUAUCAAAUAUAAAUCAUGAAUCUAUUCAUAUAAAUCAUUAUUUACGUAUACGUCAACCACGUAAAUUUUAUUGGAUGCGUAAUAUAAAACAAAUAUAUUUUAAUUUAUAUCUACCAACAAAUACAAGUGAACAAAUAACAGCUAAACUUAUUGAAUAUCAUUCAUGUAAACGUUUACCUUAUUCAGCUCGUACAAUAAUUCAACAAAUCAAACCGAUUCUAUUUAUUUAUUAUGUUGAAGAACAUUGUUUAAAAUUAAAUUUUCGUGGAGAGAAUUGUUUACUUCAAUUAAUAUUUUCAUCGGAUAGAAAUUCAAAUGAACAAAUACAAAAAGGGAUUUAUUAUAAAUGGUCAGAUGAAGGACGUAUUCGCUCAACUACAAUUCAAUUUCAUAUUGAUUAUCAGAUUGAAAAAGAAUAA